UUUCCCUUCCUGAUGAUGACUUACACUUUUAGUGACUUGAUGAGUGACAAUAGACGCAGUUUUACGGAGAACCACGACAGAAACGUUUAAAACAAUCCUCUCUUGUCCGCGCACUCAGAUGUCAGCGGUCCUUUCUGCGGAUCCAUCACAAUAUUAUUCACACAUCGCAGCUCGUGGUCGGUAGGGUGGGACUUUUGUUCCCAUGGUAGUGAUGACAGAACAGAUGGCGAGGUUGCCUGUUUGGGCACCACAAUCGGUGUCAGACGCGUUUCAGUCCAGCUGACCUGCACAGGGCAGCUGCUCGUCUCUGGAAGCUGCUGCUGCUGCCGCUGCUGAUUUUCCCACUUGUGAACUAUCACCGCGUUGGAGCAGAAACGGAUACCAGCGGGGUAUUUUUCCACACGUCUAUGUGCUCCCGUUAAUAAGGCUGAUUACUUCUAUUCCAGAAACACAGUCUGCACCCGUCGCGCAUCAUCCUCCAGAGCUGCGGAUACUGCAUGGGUCAGAUACAGUAGCCUGCAGAAUUCUUGCGUCCGGAGGAUUCAGCGCUUCAUAGGUUUAAACCUGAAGGUGUGGUGCACAGGUGAAGCUUGGACCAGAUGUCUCUUGGGCCUGCUUUUUGCAAAUACUGUCCUCUGGGUUAGAAAUCAUCAUUCUGGACCUCCAGCAGCUAGCUAUCAGCAAAGGAGACUAAUGUUCAUGAACCAUCCCUUUGUAUCCCUUUCCUGAAAACUGCAUCUCAUCUAAGCCUUUUGUGAGCAGGGAGAGCAGACAACAUGGCGCUCAGCUCUCAGCCGUGGCCUCCUCUAAUCUGGCUCUGCAUGGGAUUGCUUCUUUUCUUUCUGUCGCCAGUUUAUGGCAAAGAAUGUCCUCGUUUGUGUGUUUGUGAGAUCCGCCCAUGGUUCACCCCACAGUCGACCUACAAGGAGGCAACUACAGUGGACUGCAAUGACUUGAGGCUGACGCACGUCCCUACCAACCUGUCAGCAGACACCCAGGUGUUACUGCUCCAAAGCAACACCAUCUCUCGCACCAGUGGAGAGCUGGAGGCUCUGUUCAACUUGACAGAGCUAGAUCUAUCCCAGAACAACUUCAGCACUGUGGAAGCUGUUGGCCUCACAAACAUGAACCAUCUGACCACCCUGCACCUAGAAGAGAACCAGAUCAGUCACCUGCCAGACCACUGCCUGGGAAACCUCUCCAACCUGCAGGAGCUCUACAUCAACCACAACCAGAUAAGCUCCAUCUCCCCUCGAGCAUUUUCUGGCCUGCGCAGUCUGCUGCGCCUGCACCUGAACUCCAACAGGCUUCAUGUCAUAGACAGCCGCUGGUUUGAGGAAACACCAAACCUCGAGAUCCUCAUGAUCGGGGAGAACCCAGUUAUUGGUCUCCUAGACAUGAACUUUAAGCCUCUAGGAAGCCUGCGGAGUCUGGUUCUGGCUGGAAUGGAUCUCACUGAUGUUCCAGGAAAUGCAUUUGUAGGUUUAGAUAAUCUGGAAAGCAUUUCUUUCUAUGACAACAAACUGGUCAGAAUCCCUCAACUGGCCCUUCAAAAAGUCCCCAAUCUAAAAUUCUUGGAUUUAAACAAAAAUCCAGUUCACAAAAUCCAGGAAGGAGAUUUCAGAAACAUGCUUCGUCUGAAGGAGUUGGGCAUCAAUAACAUGAUGGAGUUGGUGUCUAUUGAUCACUAUGCUCUGGACAACCUACCAGAAUUGACAAAACUGGAAGCCACCAAUAAUCCUAAACUGUCUUAUGUCCACAGGUUGGCAUUUAGGGACAUGCCCUCCCUAGAAAGCCUGAUGCUCAACAGUAAUGCUCUCACUGCUCUUUACCAGCACACUGUGCAGGUGUUGCCGAACCUGCGGGAGAUCAGUCUUCACAGCAACCCACUCCGCUGUGAUUGCGUUAUUCAGUGGAUGAGUUCCAACAAAACCACAGUGCGCUUCAUGGAGCCCUUGUCCAUGCUGUGCACCUCCCCACCAGAACUCAGAGGCCAACGGGUUCGAGAACUAAAGCUGCUUGAGUCCCCAGAACAGUGUCUUCCCCUUAUAUCCCACGAUACCUUCCCCAGUCACCUGAACCUAGAGCUAGGCAUGAGUGUCAGCCUGGACUGUCGGGCAGUAUCUGAACCAGAGCCUGAAAUCUACUGGGUAACUCCUCUGGGGACCAAAAUCACUUUAGAUACAGUGUCAGAGCGCUACCAUUUGAGCAGUGAGGGGACUCUGCGACUGUCUCAUGUGCAGGUGGAAGAUUCUGGUCAUUACACCUGUGUAGCCCAGAACACAGAAGGAGCCGACACACGAGUUGCCACCAUUCGUAUAAAUGGGACCCUGCUCGACAGUGCUCAGGUGAUGAAAAUCUAUGUCAAGCAGACCGAGUCCCACUCAAUCUUGGUCUCCUGGAAAGUCAACUCUAACGUCAUGACCUCUAACCUCAAGUGGGCCUCAGCCACCAUGAAGAUUGACAACCCUCACAUCACCUACACGGCUCGUGUCCCUGUAGAUGUUCAUGAGUACAACCUCACACACCUUCAACCUGCAACUGAGUACGAGGUGUGCCUCACAGUCUCCAACAUCCACCUGCAGAUGCACAAGUCUUGCGUUAACGUGACAACACGUAGUGCUACCUUUGCCCUGGACCUGUCAGACCAGCACCCGAGUGUGGCUGUGCUGGUUGUCAUGUCAACCAUGCUGGCCUUCCUCAGUCUAGCCACUGUGGGCGUCUACAUGGCUCGCAGAUGGAAGCGAAAAAACUACCACCACUCUUUGAAGAAAUACAUGCUGAAGACCUCUUCCAUCCCACUGAAUGAGCUCUACCCUCCACUCAUUAACCUUUGGGAGGCUGAUGGCGAAAAGGACAAAGAUGGCAGCACAGAGGGGAAACCCUCUCCUGUCGACACCACACGCAGUUAUUACAUGUGGUGAGGAUUUACAAAGGAGGCCUGACUGCCUCUUCAGCAGCACAAAAAGACACACUUUUGCCAUUUUGGUGCAAAAGUCGUAUAAAGUUGCAAAUGUUUUUUUUUGUAUUCUCAGCUUUGCUCAUAAGAGGCAGAGUGAUCAAGUGCAGGAUUUUUAUUAGUAUAGCGUAUCGCCUUUGUUUGACUCUUUCUAUCUCUUAAUUGUUCUGGACUCUCCAAGAUGGCAGCUGUAUUUAGCCUCCAGGUUGUCUUAGUUGCUCUGCUCUGUUUCUGUGGUGCAUUUUUGACUCACGUUCUUUUGGGUUAAUUAUACAGCAGCAGGGACAGACGGUCUUCUUGCAGCAUUAGUACAAAUCAAUGUUUCUUUCUCUGUUUUGUAAAACAGUUAAUCUGUUGUGCACUGAUAGAUAAAGAAGUUUGUAUGAACUUCAGUUAAAAGCUGACAGCAGGAUUUAGACUCAAACUGUCUACUGAAUGUUAGCAAUUGUGCAGUAAUGUUGUAUCAACUAUACCUUUGAAAACUCUGAUAUACACUGCAAGAGAAUAGCCUUUUAGUUUGCUGAUAAAUGUGAUGUUAAAUGCUAGAAAUACAAAUGUUUGUUAAAACCUCUAAAUUUUUUGUAUUAUUAUGAUCAUUAUUAUUAUUAUUAAGGUGCACUAGAAACUUUUUGACUCUUUCCUCAUUUACUCAUUUAUUUGGCUAGAGUUUUAGAGUUUUUUUUUGCUAAUUGUUUAGUUUAUCAUUUUCUCAUGCAAUAUGUAUACUGAUAAAGUCAAAAUAAAUAAAAUUUUGGUUCUUUUGCA